AUGGUCGGCGGCAUACGCCAAGGUGAGACUCCCCCUGCUUCUUCAGGCUCUCUUCUUUACACUUUCCAUCAGGCUUCAGAUGCUGUUGCGCAGCUCUCGCUGCAAGAAAAGGUCGACAUUGCGACCGGUAUCGGCUGGAUGAAUGGACCCUGCGUUGGCAACACGCCCGCCGUGCCCACUAUUGACUACCCGUCGCUGUGCCUUCAAGACAGCCCUAUGGGCGUGCGCUACGCCAGCGAGGUCUCUGCUUUCCCUGCUGGUGUCAACACGGCCGCGACGUUCAACCGCACCCUCAUCCGUGCGCGCGGUGUCGCUUUGGGCGAGGAGUUCCGCGGCAAGGGCAUCCACGUCUACCUUGGUCCUGACAUGAACAUCAUGCGCACCGCGGCAGGAGGGCGCAACUGGGAAGGCUUCGGCGCCGACCCAUACCUCUCCGGCGAGGCCUCGUACGAGACGAUCAUCGGCGUGCAGAGCGUUGGUGUCCAGGGCUCGGCCAAGCACUUCAUCAACAACGACCAGGAGCACUUCCGCGAGAGCAGCUCUUCGAAUGUUGAUGAUCGCGCUCAGCAUGAGAUCUACCUCGCACCGUUCUUGAAGAGUGCGCAGGCAAACGUGGCGUCCUUCAUGUGCAGCUACAGUGCAGUCAACGGAUCCUGGUCUUGCGAGAAUGAUAAGAUGCUCAACGACAUCGUGAAGGGCGAAUGGGGCUACCCGGGAUACAUCCAGUCGGACUGGGGUGCCACGCACUCGACGCUCGCCGUGAACUUCGGCUUGGACAUGACCAUGCCCGGCGACAUCACCUUCGGCUCGAACACCACCUACUUCGGCCAGGCGCUCAUUGACGCCGUGAACAGCGGAGACGUCCCUGAGGACCGCGUCUCUGACAUGGCUCUCCGUAUCCUGGCUGCCUGGUACCUCCUUGGGCAAGACGAGGGCUACCCUGAGACCAACAUCUGGGCCUGGGACCUCAACGACCCCAGGAACCUCCAUGUCGACGUGCAGGCUGACCAUGGGAGCCUCAUCCGCGAGAUCGCCGACGCCUCGACCAUCCUCCUCAAGAACGAGAACGGGACCCUCCCCCUUUCCGCGCCUGGCAGCAUCGCCAUCAUUGGCAACGGCGCCGGCAACAACUCGCAGGGCAUCAAUGGCUGCGUCGACCGCUCGUGCGACGAUGGUGUGCUGGCGGUAGGCUGGGGAAGCGGGACCGCUGAGUUCCCGUACUUGAUCACACCUCUCGACGCGAUUACAGCACGCGCGCAGGAGGACGGCACGACCAUCACGUCCUCGCUCAGUGACAGUGACACCGCCCGCGCCGCGCAGAUUGCUGCCGCUGCCGACGUCGCCAUUGUGUUCAUCUCAUCGGACUCUGGGGAGGGAUACCUUACUGUCGAGGGCAACGCCGGCGAUCGGAACGACUUGCUCGCGUGGCACGAUGGGGACGCACUUGUCCAGGCUGUUGCGGACGCCAACGAGAACACCAUCGUCGCUGUGAACACGGUCGGUGCCAUCAUCACGGAGGCAUGGAUCGAGCACCCGAAUGUCAAGGCCGUCGUCUGGAGUGGUCUUCCUGGGCAGGAGGCCGGCAACUCUGUUGCUGACAUCCUCUACGGUGCAUACAACCCGAGCGGUCGUCUCCCGUACACCAUUGCCAAGUCCGCGGACGACUACCCUGCGCAAGUGCUUUACGAAUCGAGCGCCCAGGUCCCGGACAUCGACUACUCGGAGGGUCUCCUCGUCGACUACCGCCACUUCGAUGCCAAUGGCAUCGAACCCCGGUACGAAUUCGGCUUCGGGCUUUCAUACACGACAUUCGAGUACGACAAUCUAGCGAUCGAGGGCAGUGCGGCGUCGGACCAGAGCCCGCCGACGGGCCCCGGCUCCUCCCUCGACCCAUGGCUGCAUGAGCCUGUCGUGACGGUCACCUUCACGGUGGAGAACACGGGCGAGGUUGCGGGACACGAGAUCCCGCAACUCUACGUGACCUUCCCCGAGUCCGCGGGCAGCGCACCGCUCAAUCUGAAGGGCUUUGAGAGCGUGUUUGUUGCCCCAGGAGAGACGGCCGAUGUAUCCCUCUCCCUCACGCGCUACGACCUGAGCAUCUGGGAUGUCGUGUCACAGAGCUGGGUCGUGCCGUCUGGCGACGCCACAAUCUCCAUCGGCGCGAGCAGCAGGGACAUUCGCUUGACGGGCACUGUUACUAACUAG